GAUGGUGGAAACCACAGAUACCACGUUCCACUCGACCUCAACUUACCACAGAAUGGUGCUAACAACCCUAAAUACCGCGUAGAUGUUCAUGAUAACGAAGAGAUGUUUUCCUUCUCAGUCGUCCGAAAAGACACCGAGACGGCCAUUUGGAAUACGUCUUUAGCAGGUUUCGUGUUUUCCAAGCAAUUUCUUCAAAUUAGUACUAUAUUACCCUCACGAAACAUCUAUGGUUUUGGUGAAAAUAGACAUAAGUCGUUCAGACACGAUAUGAAACAAACAUGGCCAAUGUUCAGUCGGGAUCAAGCGCCUGGGCACGACAAUGCAAACUUAUAUGGUGUUCAUCCUUUCUAUGAAUGUGUUGAAGACAAGAAUGGAAAUACACAUGGCGUUUUCUUACUUAACAGCAAUGCUCAAGAGUACUCAUUCACCGAUCUUCCCAGUUUGACUUACAGAACCAUCGGUGGUAUUUUAGAUUUCUAUGUCUUUAUGGGACCAACUCCAGAAAAUGUUAUACAACAAUAUACGAGUUUAAUAGGUCGUCCAGUGAUGCCUCCAUAUUGGUCGUUGGGAUUUCAACUAUGCCGUUAUGGAUACAAUCAUAUCGACAAUAUAAAACUUGCUGUAGAAAAUACCAAGAAACACAAUAUACCGUUGGAUAUACAAUAUGCUGAUAUAGAUCAUAUGGAUGAAAGAAUGGAUUUUACUAUUGAU